CAUUAACAUACAAUUCUUGCAAACAUAUUGGCAUUUUAUAGUAGAAGAACAGGAAGAACGAUUUAGGAAUGAAAUAGCGUUUUCAUCUGAACUUGGUGAAAGAACUAUGAGCAGAAAACCGAAGAUGUAAAGAAUAUAAAGGGAUAGUGGACUUCAGAUUCUUCCACACAACUGAUUCAGCGUUAAAUAUCGGACGCAGAUUUUUCCUCCAUCCUUUUUUCAAUUUUCCCAAGAGACUGGAGAAAUUAUCGACUUUACCGGAAAACCAUGGGCAGCGGAGGAGAGGAUCUGCAGAAGUUGAAGGUGAAGGUGAAGCGAGCCGCCGCCGCCGCCGCGCACGAUUACGAGAACGACUCACGGUGGGCGGAUUACUGGUCAAACGUGCUCAUCCCUCCCCACAUGGCCUCCCGUAACGACGUCGUCAAUCACUUCAAGCACAAGUUCUACCAGCGCUACAUCGAUCCUGAACUAAUUGUGGAGCCGAUAGGUACUAGCAGCACAUCUCAGCCAGCUAGAGCAUCUACCCCACCAUCUCAAUCUUCAUCUUCGUCCACUUCGAAUAGCAAUACUCGCCAGAGGAAUUCAGGUCUGACAUCAUUGCACUGGGAUCAACAGACCAUUCAAUUUUCUGUCAAUGCCUGGGUCCUUGUUGUGGCAGUUUUUGCAAUUUUUCCAUUAGUGCCUACAAAUCUCUCCAAUCGCGCAUAUCGACUUUCCUUCUUUGGCACUGCAUGCUCUUCUCUUUAUUCCAUGUAUUCAUUGUAUGGGAAACCUAGAGCAUGGAACCUACCGGCUUUGCAAGUAUGGUUCCAGUCGGUGGUAGUUACGAAAGAUUUUAUCUACUCAAUAUACUGCCUUUCUUUCGUCACUUCACAUCUGUGCCUCAAAUUUGCUUUGAUACCCAUACUAUGUCGGGCUCUGGAGCAUGUUGCGAAGUUUCUUAGGCGCAACUUUAGCAGGUCAACCUUGUACAGAAAGUACUUGGAAGAGGCUUGCGUCUGGGUAGGGUUACAUACAACUACUCUUAGCAUGCUGUCCUCAAAUGCUGAGAUUGGAAUUGGGUUCCUCCUGAUUAUUUCUCUCUUCUCGUGGCAGCGCGAUAUUGUGCAAACAUUUAUGUACUGGCAGAUUUUGAAGCUCAUGUACAAUGCCCCUGCAACUGCUGGAUACCAUCAAAGUACUUGGGCGAAGAUCAGGCGAACCGUGAACCCGUUAAUCAUGUGCUACGCACCAUUUUUGAAAACCCUAAUUUCUGCCUUGCAGAGGUGGUUUUUCAGGUAUGUUCUUAUGUACGCUCUAACUCUUCUGAAUUAUCGGUUUCAUCCUGCAUACAAAAUUCUCUAUCAUUAUUCAGUUAUGUUCUUAAUCGCUUUAUAUUUGAAAGAGUUUUCAUUUGAAUUUAAAUGUUCAGCUGUUGAUCCAUACCAAAAAACUGGCACUUACAGACUUUUCAAGAACUUCAUUGGAGAUGACGAGCGAGUUUAUGCUUGUUCGGGCAAAGACUUCUUUUCCUUCGAAAGUAACGGUACUAUUGCAUGGAAAGUAUACUUAAACUACUCGUGCAAUGCAAACAUAGCUCCAGUUCAUGGAGGCUCUAGCAAGAUAUAUGUAGUUGCAGAGCAAAGGGUACUAAAAAUCUCUACUCUGAGGAUUGGAACUUCUGAAGCUCCAGUCGAAGUUUUUUUCGGUCCCGCGCAAGGUAAAGAAGGUCCGAACGAAAUAACGGGACUUUCUGCAAGCAUAUCAAGCUCAUGUUUGCUCGUUAAUGUUAAAAAUCGAGGGCUUUUCGCGUUAAGGUUGACCGGUCAACUUAUAUGGAGUGCUGGCCCAGUGCUUUAUCAAAACGGGUAUCGACAAGGUUGCAGUAAAAACAUCACAGAGUGUUAUUUUACUUCAAAACCCGUGAUCGAUCAUUGUGAAGCUAGUAUAUUCAUUUCUAAUACUGUGGGGGAACUAUAUUCGUUAUCUGUUCGUGGGCCUUACUUUAAAUGGAUUCGAGAUUUAAGUUCGUAUGGGGGCACGUUUAAAGUUACUACAGGAAAUAACGGUCAAUUGUAUGUCACUAUUUCAAAUAAAUCUCCUCUUGUCUUAGCGUUAGAUGUUUUUAUGGGGAAUUUACUUUGGCAAGGAAGUAUCGGGCCUUUAAGCUCAUCAGAUUACGAGCCAGUUGUUGAUGCUAGUGGUUGGGUUUCAUACGGCUCGUUGGAUGGAUUUCUUUAUUCGUUUUCGCCUAAAGGACUUCUCAAAAAGUUCCCGAAAUCAGUAAGUUUGAACUCGGUUAUUCAAGUUGAACCGAUACUCGAUUGCUCUGGGUAUGGAGUGUACAUUUCUCAAACAGAAAUGGAAGGGAAAAUGUCACAGGCAAUUAACGAGCACGAUUAUGUAUCGGCAUUGAAACCGAAAAGUGCCGAAUUUACUCUUCUUGAGCCAGCUUCUGGCACGAUUUACCGGUCGGAAAAUAAUCCUGGAAAACUCUUGUUCAACCUGUCACAGAGUGAUCUUAAACAUUUUGUAGUCGAUGAACCAACCCUUUUGGCUUUCUUUGCUGCUUCAAGCGUUAAACUUAAAUCUAGCUGCUCACAGGUGAAGCCUGAGAGCAUAAGUAUCUACACAGGUAAUCAGAGGACCAUUGUUAUGUUCCUCAUAAUCGAGUCCGUAGUUUUGGUAAUUUUAGCAGCUGUUGUGUGGUAUUGCUGCAUCUUCUGGAAGAAGAAAAAGCUUCGAGGACUCGAGCUCGGAAAGUUUCUUGAAAAACGGCGUUCUCUAAGAUUUCAAAAGAAGGCGUUCGACAAAAUGAUAAAGGAGCUCGAACAGAAAGCAAGAGCUUCGGACGAAAGAGUGUCUAACUUAGAGUUAUUCGAAAAGUUAAGUGAUUUGGUUAAGGAAAGAGAAGGCGUAAGAAGAAAGCUAUCGACCGUGUACAGUUUAGGACGUGACAAGGAAAGAUCACGUUCGAAUUCUCUACUUCCAUUACACGACAAAAAGUCUAGAAGCUUCUCGUUCCAAGGUUCCAAGAAAGAGAGUGUCACGAUAUUUCACACGCCUAGCGGCGAAAGCACGAGUUGUGAGGACGAUGAAAGUAGCGAUUUUUCGGGAGAUGGAGAAUUUGACGAGCGUGUCAAGGUGAAGGGAAAAGGGUUAGUUGAAGAGGAAAGUUCAAGUAAAGGAUUUGUGAGCUUGCAGCAUUCAUUUAGUGAGAUAGAGGAGAUGAAUAAAUUGGAUUAUAAAGAUGAAGAUGAUGAUGAUGAUGAUGGUGUUAUGGUGAAUAUGAAGGUUGGGAGUAGGAGUUUGAGGAGAAGAACAGUGUCUUUUACUAAUUAG